AUGGCGACUCCAAUUCCUACAAAAUCGACAAACCCUAAGCCUAAAAAAUCCCACCUGAUAGGUGGAAUUCAAGUGGAAUUCCCAUACCAGCCAUAUGGAACGCAGCUCGCAUUCAUGGGCAGAGUCAUUUCCACACUCGAUCGGGCCCAGAGAGACGGCCAUUGUCACGCAUUACUCGAAUCCCCAACUGGUACCGGAAAAUCGCUCUCGCUUCUUUGCUCAACUCUCGCCUGGCAACAGAAUUAUAAAUUAAAGAAUCAAUACGCUAAUCUCACGCACUCCGUACCCAAUCCCGAAGCGAUCGCCGAUCCUCUCGCUUAUGGCGGUGGGUUUGUUCCAGAAUCACAGCCUUCAACCAACGAACCUGCGGCGGUUAUGGAGCCGGCUCAACAGGCUUCAAGGAAACAUUACUGCACAAAUGCAAAUGUAAAUGGGAGAGAGAAUAUUGAUGAAGAAUGUAAGCUGCUUUUGAAGGAUAAGGAGAUUGGAUGCUUACAAUUCAAAAAUGCAAAUAGAGUCAGAGGUCAUCCUUCACUUCAAAAGGGAGGUUGCCAUGAGGUGCAUGACAUCGAAGAUCUUGUGAAAGUUGGACAAGUUGUUAAAGGCUGUUCAUACUAUGCAGCUCGCUCUAUGGCAGAUGAUGCACAGUUGGUUUUCUGUCCUUACAGCUACAUAAUUAAUCCAGUCAUUCGAGGAGCAAUGGAAGUAGACAUUAAAGGAGCCAUUCUUGUUCUUGAUGAAGCCCACAACAUAGAAGACAUUGCUCGUGAUGCUGGUAGUGUGGAUGUUGAAGAAGAUGCCUUGGAAAGUAGGUUAUUGGCGUGA